UUGGGCAACCCACUUCUCUCAUGGCGCCGCAUCAAGAAGCCCUUUCUGAAAUUGCCCUUCAAACGAGAGAAUCCCCUGUUUUCCUCUGCCACUCUCAAUCCUCGCAGUUGUCCGACAUGACCGGAGAAGCAGGCAUGUUUAGGGUGCAUCAUACCAUUGGGAGUGUUGUAUGUUGCAAAUGUGGUAUUCCAAUGACACCUAAUGCUGCCAAUAUGUGUGUCAAGUGUUUGCGCACUGAAGUUGAUAUUACCGAAGGUUUGCAGAAGCAUGCCACCCUCGUGCACUGCCCUGAGUGUGAUAGGUACUUUCGGCCACCAAAAACUUGGAUUGAAGCCCAAUUGGAGUCCAAAGAGCUCUUAACUUUAUGCUUGAAAACAUUGAAGAAUUUGAAUCAAGUUAGGUUAAUUCAUGCGGAAUUUAUUUGGACUGAACCUCACUCCAAGAGGAUCAAGGUCAAGCUAAGGGUUCAGAAGGAGGUUCUCAAUGGAGCAAUACUAGAGCAGGCUUAUAUUGUUGAAUACGUUCAACAAGAACAUAUGUGUGAGUCUUGCUCUAGGGUCCAGGCUAAUCCUGACCAGUGGGUCGCUUCUGUGCAAGUCCGGCAACAUGUUCCUCAUAGACGAACUUUGUUUUAUUUAGAGCAACUUAUUCUGAUGCAUGAUGCUGCAAGGUGUGCCAAAAAAAUUAAGCCAAUGAAUCAGGGAAUUGAUUUCUUUUUUGCAAAUUGGAGUCAUGGAAAGAAAUUUGUUGAAUUUAUUGGUAAAAUGGUUCCGAUCAAGAGUCAUCGCCCCAGCCAACAACUUGUCUCCCAUGAUCCCAAGAGCAAUAACUACUAUUAUAAGUACACUUUGUCAGUUGAAAUCUGCCCAAUAUGUCGCGAGGAUCUGAUCUGGCUCCCUCGUGAAGUUGCAUCUGGUUUGGGGAAUCCUCAUCCUCUUGUGAUUUGCACAAAAGUAACAAACCGAAUCACUUUGCUGGAUCCUUAUACUCUCAAGCACCAUUGCUUAGAUGCUAAACAGUAUUGGAGGUCACCUUUUAAGGCUUUGCUUUCUAGUAGGCAGCUUGUGGAAUAUAUAGUAUUGGACGUGGGGAUUGUUUAUUCUGAAGUUCAUGUUGGGGGCUCAAAGUAUGCUUUAGCUGAUGCUCAGGUGGCUCGUCUAUCAGAUUUUGGAAAGAAUGAUACAAUUUUCAACAUAACAACACAUCUAGGCCAUCUUUUGAACCCUGGUGACCAUGCUCUCGGUUAUGACAUGUUUGCAACUAAUAGUAAUGACAUGGAACUUGAAAAAUACAGAGAUUUUGACGUUCCACCUGCAAUUUUGAUAAGGAAAACUUAUGAAGAAAACUGCCAAGGAAAGGGUGGGAAGCCUCCUCCAUUGAUGAGUAGAGAGUACGAAGAGUUCUUAAGGGGUUUGGAGGACAACCCUGAAUUGACGCUUAAUAUAUCAUUACAUGAAAAUAAGGAAUACCCACCACCAUCAGUUAGAGAUGGAGAAGAGGAUUCAGCUUGUGUGGCUUUGGAGAAGUUGCUUGCUAAUGUUGAUUUAAGUGAUGAUGAAGAUGGGGAUGACGCCAUGGCUGAGUGACCUGAAGCAUUUGAGAAGUAAAACAAUAAUACUAUGGACACCAUUGAUGAAUUAAACCUUAUACUAAUCAUCAGCGUGAUGUCCACCAUGAUGUUCCAGCUGUGUUCUAUAAUUGUUUGGAUAGCAUUCACAUGCCCGGUUCUGCACACCUAGUAAUAAAUGUUAGCCUCAGAUAAAUUGUGUUUUGAUUUUUCUGAUGAUGGUUUUUUUUCUUGUCUCUCUGUGUGCUUCUUCAGGCAACUGUUUUGUUUUUUCUGUGUUUAUUAUAGUUAGUAAUAAGCUGGGAACCGAGAUUGUCAAGCUUAUAUAUUCAUAUCUUCAAUGUCUUCAUGGUUAA